CAGCUGCCGAGGGAAAACAGUAACUUUGUCGCUUGGUUCCGUUCCAUACCCUUAAAUAGUCUUUGGUAUCGCCAUGGACGCGGGGUGCGUCACCCAGUGACGUCUGCUAACGGGGCGCAUGCAAAGCAGUUGUAUACGUUUUGUUCUUUGUGUCCGUGCGCGUGUGUAUAGACGCGAAGUUGCAUUGAAAUACGCUUUUCCAGAGCCAAAACAAUAGCCGAAAAAAUCAGCGACAAGAACCACAGGCCUUGACCCAAAGGCAAGGCAAGCAGCAGCAGCAGGAGCAGGCAGUGGCAGGUCGCCGCAUCAUGAGGCACCACCAAUUAACAGCGGAAGCAACAAUAACGUGAAAGCCAACAAAGGAGGAGAGGCAGCAGGCAGCGGGAACCAAAGAGCUGCUGCUGCUCCGCGGUUUGGCCUACUUUUACGCACCUACCGUGGAGCCCUGGAGCAUGGGUUCAUGUCUUGGCAGCUGCGUCACAGCUGCCACAAAUUCCAACAGCUCCAGAACAUCCACAGCAUCGUCUUCCUCCACGGCCUCGUCCUCUUCCUGUGUGCCGUCAGCGGCAGCUGCCAACAGCUGGCUUUGGCGUCGACGCAGGCCCAGGGCCAGGCUGGCCACAGACGAGCUGGUUGAGCAGGAGCAGCCCGAGACAGAGCUCAUAUCGAGCGACAGGGGGAGGACGACAGGUGGAGCACAGCGAUGCCAGCAGCGACGCGCCCUUGUCUAUCGCAUUCUGAAGUUCAAAAGGAAACAGCAAUGCCCCCAGUUCCUGGACAAGUACUGGGAGCAACAGCCGAGCUAUGCGAAGCUACAGAAUGACAGUGCAAUUUCCGAUAUACAGCUGCAGAAUUUGGAUGUUUUCAAGCUGCUCAAUGCCCAGGCAACGCCCAGCAAGGAGACCGAGAUGCAUGGCAACUAUCAGCGGAUGGCCAGCUCGAGGGCCAGCUCUUCGUUGGAUUUGGAGUGGGAGCACGAGUACUCGCAGCUGCGAAACUACCAGCAGGAGCAGAAGGAGCUGCAAAAGGAGAAGCCAGCGACAGAGAACACCCCACCGAUGGCGGCCAAACAGCCGCGUUACGCUUCCCUGGACCAACUAGCGACAGCUGCAUCGAUGGCUGCAGGCAGCCAUGGACGACACGGAGCCGGUCGAUAUCCCCGUUUGGGCAGCCAUCGGCAUGGUGGCUCCUUCACGCGAACCUCCUGCUGUUCAUCCACACAGAACUCGUGGUCGCACAUCUCCACACCCGAGUCGCUCGAAUGGGAUGUCGAUGAGGAGCGGCAACAGCAGCUGCAGCUGCGCCAAGAGGACGACAAUCUGGACGAUGAGACACUUAAACUGCUGCAUCAAAUCGAGCAACUGAAGCAUCAUGUGCUCCAAGAGACAGGCGAUGGACUGAGCAUGGGAGCUGUCGCUGUCGUCGGGGAGGUCACGGAGGGUCUACAGUUUAGGGCCACGCAUUUUGGAGGUGGCUCCGAGCUGGAGGCAUCCAUAAGUUGAUUUCGAAAGAGGAUUCGAUGUACAUAUGAGUAUUCUAAGGCAUGUAAAAGAUCAUUUGAAUGUGAGGAGGAUUCUUUGGAGGAGUCUCACUACUCUUACACUGUAUAUUGUAAUAGAAUAAUUGAUUAAUACCAAAGACAUACAUAGAUAUAAAGAUAUACAUACAUAGAUGGGUAUCCCGUAGAUUCCAAACAACACAAAACAGUGCACGCUCUAAGGAAUGAAAAUGUACUUAAGCGAGUGAAUUUUAGAGGUGCCAUAGAAAUU